CCGGCAAAUCCUUUACUCCAACCCAGUUACCCAAAAUUCAGUCUCUCCUGCGUUCUCAUCUCUCCUUGUCCCAACGCCUCAUCAUAAGGGCAGCUGAACCUUCAAUCCACCCUAUAAUAACACCAAUACCCUCCCCUAACGACGAAUCUAUGCUAAAAAGGCCCAGUCAACGUCGUUCCUCAAACUAAGCUCUCAACAACCACUCACCAACCCAACCGACGUCACCGAACACAAAAAAUGCCAAGAAAAAAUGAAAUCAACGAUGAGAUGGGACUGUGCUGACGCAUCUGCAAAUGCUUCUAGACAUGUGACGCUCGCCUUACUCGCCAACAUCCGUGUCCAAGGUCAGGAACCGGAAGACAUCGCCAUGGUCGGGUUUCAAGAUGGGAAUAUGCUCAUGGUGAGAGGACAGGCAGGAUACACACGGACAUUGAGGAUCCUCGUGCUCAAGCCGACGCUAGAUGCCAAGUCGUCGGUCAUCGCUGUUGCAGGGAAAAAGGCGGAGGAAGCCCGUGUGCAGUGUCGCAAGUUCCGUGCUCCAACAGACGAGUGUGAAGAAGGUUCCUUCCUAUCCUUUCAAGAUCUGCUCGACAAGUACGUUGCCGAGAUUGACAAGAUCCUGGUGGACAUGAAGACGAUGCUAGGGGUUCAGACAUUCAUCGAUAAUAGAGGGUAA